UGGAGAGUUCGUCGGAACGUUCAUUCUCGUCACUGCGAUUUGUACCGCGGUGACGUUGGCCGUAAUUGUCGGGGCACUAUCUGGACUCUGGCAGGUGACCGUGUGAUUGGUAUCGGUCUGGGGCUAGCAAUUUACAUCAGUGCGCACAUCUCCGACGCUCACCUCAACCCCGCCGUCACCCUCGCCUUCGCUAUCGUACGUUAUAGGGUCUUUUCGUGGAAGAAAAUCCCGAUCUAUGUCACUGCGCAGAUGCUGGGAGGAUUUUUCGCUGCAGCCAUAAUGUACGGGUUUUAUCACGGCGCGGUGGAGUCUUUCGAAGACAACCUUGGGUUGGAGCGCGGAAGUAACGGGAGCGAGAGGACGGCCAUGAUUUUCGGUGAAUACUUUCCGAACCCCGCCGCGUUCGUUGCCGAAGCGUUUUUUAUCGAAGCCUGGGGUACGGCAGUGCUGGUAUUCGUCAUAUUCUCUUUGACGGACUCCCACAACACGACUGUGGGGAGCGGCAACAAUAAGGUCGUCGUGCCGAUAUUGAUCGGUCUUACGCUCUCCUUCCUCGUAUCGAUGUACGGACCAUUGACGCAGGGAGGCUACAACCCAGCGAGAGAUUUCGGGCCUCGUCUCUUCGCCGCGUUGGUAGGAUGGGGGAGAAUCGCUAUUCCUGGACCGCGGAACGGGUUCUGGCUGUACAUCAUUGCACCGCUGAUCGGCGGACCAAUUGGCGGUGCUCUGCACGACCUGGGCGUGGCCAACAUCACUCGACUGAAGAGAUUUGUUAAACCUGCUAAGCAAUUCUAG